AUGGUCAAAAAGGAGCAGACCGACUCUGCAGACACAUCCGGCACUCCCGCGUCGACUCCCCGUCGAUCCACUCGUCUGGACAGUCUUUCCACGCGUCCCGGCGUCAUUUCGGGCUCUUCACCUCUGUCUCGAAAUGUGACGCCGUCUCCGUCGACCUCGGGCACUCCCCGAGCAUCUACACCUGCCAGCGGGCUGAAAUUCAAGCCGAAAAACGUGGCUCGACGAACCAAGGCCGAGCGAGACGCAGACGCCCCGGUGGUCAAAGAAGAGCCUGUGCGAAACAGUCGAUCUGACCGUGGAGGCCGAGGAGGCAGAGGAGGCGCUCGAGGAGGCGCUUCUGGAGGAGCUAUGGGCCGAGGAAGAGGCAAAUUCGACAACAUUGUCACCUCGCAGGCCCAGGGACCACUUGCAGCGCCUCCUGCGGGCUACGGAUCCACUGGAGGAGGCUGGGGAGGUCGAGGAACCACUUCUGCUGGUUUCUCACGAGUGGGAGGGGGAAGAGACAGCCAUUCGCCUCUGAUUCGAAGCCAGUCACCCCAGGUCAAGAGCGAAGAGGGCGAAGACGGAACCCCGGUGCCCGGUUCGUCUAAUGGCCGGUCUCGUGAAGCUACAGUUGACUUGCAUGAUAUGCACGACAUGGCUAUCAGUAUGGGCGAACAGAAACCCAUUCCCGGCCACAUUGAGCAGUAUUUCCCCAUCCGAAUCGACAAGCAGGAUCUGGAAAGUGUGUCUGCCACCGCCGCGGGCUUUUCUUCGCUCUCUGUCAAGGACUCUCUGCUGAACAUGGUGGAGGAGGAAAACAGCUCUGGCAUCAUUGACACGCCCAAGGAGAUUCUGGAGGUGUCUCGAGCGCUGGAACAAGGCCGGUAUAUGGCUCCCGAGCAGGUGGAUGAGGCCCGACGGGCUGUGAUUGACUCGGUGAACAUUUCCAAGGAGUUUGGACUGGGAGGAAGUGACACCACCGAGAUGGAGCAGAAACUGUACCUGUUCCAGCUGCCUCCAAUCAUUCCUUCCUUCCAGGCUGCUGAGAAAGAACAGGUUGAUGUGGACAUUGAGGACAGUGAGGGGGAUAGAGAGAAGGAAAAAGAUAAUGAAGAGGAGGACAAUGAUGUGGAAAUUGUGGCUAAAGACACGGUUGAGUCCGACGAACCAUCCAUCCCAUCUCUUCCUGAAGGACAGGUGGGCAACCUGCGUCUGCAUAAAUCCGGCAAGCUGACCAUGGUCAUCGGCGACAUUGUCAUGGAUGUGACCCAGGGCGUGCCAGCCAAGUUUCUGCAGGACAUUGUGGUGUGUUCGGCCGAGGAAAAACAGGCCUAUUUGAUUGGCCAGGUUAAGAGAAAGAUGGUGGUUACUCCUAAGCUGGAUGAGCUCUUGUAG